AAAAUGCAAAUGAUUUUCGAGUUCUCUUCCAUGUACAAUCUGGCUUGUGGUUUCAGAUUGGCUUGUGGUUUCAGUUUGGAUGGGGAUUCAGUUUCCUGCAGCGACAUUUCAAAAACCCCUUCCACUUUCAGUUGUUUCAUACUGUAAUCCUCCGCCCUCUGGUAGAGUGGAGUGGAAAGAAAAGAAAUCUCCAGGACUGGAUAAGAAAAAAGUGUAUCAGAAACCAACACAGCUAACCUGAGGGACAGAUUUAGAACUCUUGCCAAUUUCUCAUUGAAGCACCUUUCUUACCAGCUCUAAAAGAUCUCUGCUACUGAUUUCACCGUUAAGGUCAGGUGACCCCCCUGAACAUGGCCCCAGUGGUUCACAUGCCAGAACCCUUGUGCCUCAUUGAGAACAUUAAUGGGCUACUGUUGGUUAAUCCGAAAGCUCUGAAGACCCUGUCUGCCAUUCAGCAGCCCGUUGUGGUGGUGGCUAUCGUGGGCCUCUACCGCACCGGCAAAUCCUACCUGAUGAACAAGCUGGCUGGGAAGAACAAGGGUUUCUCUGUUGGAUCCACGGUGCAGUCGCACACCAAGGGCAUCUGGAUGUGGUGUGUGCCUCACCCUGAGAAGCCAAACCACAUCCUGGUUCUUCUUGACACGGAGGGACUUGGAGACAUAGAGAAGGGUGACAAGAAGAGUGACACCCAGAUAUUUGUACUGGCACUACUACUGAGUAGUACCUUUGUAUAUAAUACUAUGAACACAAUUGACCAGAGGGCUGUCGACCUCUUGCACUAUGUGACAGAACUGUCAAAUCUGCUCAGAACAGUUACCUCACCUGAUCUUGAUGGGGAAGACAAUGCAGCUGACUUUAUGAGCGUCUGUCCAGACUUAGUGUGGACUGUGAGAGAUUUCUACCUUGACCUGGAAGCAAAUGGGCGACUCAUCACAGCAGAUGAGUACCUGGAGAAUUCAUUGAGGCCAAAGCAGGGCACCGAUCAACAUCUUCAAAAUUUUAAUUUGCCCCGUCUGUGUAUACAGAAAUUCUUUCCAAUAAAGAAAUGCUUUAUUUUUGACUUGCCCACUCAUCGGAAGAAGCUUGCCCAGCUUGAGAAACUGCAUAAUGAUGACCUGGAUCCUGAAUUUGUACAGCAAGUGGCAGAUUUCUGUUCCUACAUCUUCAGCCAUUCCAAGACUAAAACUCUUUCAGGAGGCAUCAAGGUCAAUGGAUCUCAUCUAGAGAGCCUCGUAUGGACCUAUGUCAAUGCCAUCAACAGUGGGGAUCUGCCCUGCAUGGAGAACGAAGUCCUGGCCUUGGCCCAGAUUAAGAACUCAGCCGCAGUGCAAAAGGCCAUUGCCCACUAUGACCAGCAGAUGGGCCAGAAGCUGCAGCUGCCCACGGAAACCCUCCAGGAGCUGCUGGACCUGCACAGGGUCAGUGAGAAAGGGGCUAUGGAAGUCUUCAUGAAGAACUCUUUUGAGGAUAUAGACCAAGGGUUCCAGGAAAAAUUAGAGACCCUGCUAGAAGCCAAGCAGAAUGACUUUUGUAAAAGGAAUUUGGAGGCAUCACUGAAUCGCUGUUCAGCUUUACUUCAGGAUAUUUUUUGUCCUCUAGAAGAAGAUGUGAAGCAAGGGAUUUAUUCAAAGCCUGGGGGGCAUCGUCUCUUCCUUCAGAAGAGAGAAGAGCUGAAGGCAAAGUACUAUCAGGUGCCCAGGAAAGGAAUACAGGCUGAGGAAGCUCUGCAGAAAUAUUUACAGUCCAAGGAGUCUGUGAGUGAUACCAUUUGGCAGACAGAUCUGGUUCUCACAGCAAGGGAAAAGGAGAUGGAAGUGGCACGUGUGAAAGCAGAGUUUAUGAAGGCUGAAAAAGAAAGGUUGGGGGCAAUUCUAAUGCAGCACCAGCAAAUGAUGGAGCGGAGGGAGAGACUCCAUUGGGAACAAGUGAGACAAAUGGAGAUAAAAAGAUUGUACCAACAGGCCCUGCAACAGAGGGACCAAGAACGUCGGCUCAAGGAGGAGGCUGAAAAGCUCAAGGAGAGCUUCCAAGCUGAGAGCAGAAAACUUCAGGAUGAGAUCCAGCAUCUCCAGAGGAAUGACUCACCAGAUGAUACAUGUAUCUUACUCUAAAGAACUAAACACUAGAACUUCAUUUUCUUGUUCACUUUCACUGAAGACACGAAGGAACAAGAAACUAUAGAACUUGAGACAAUCACCAUUUAAAUAAACUUCAUAAUAAUUAUAUUGAGCUUUUGUAUUGAGUUAUAAGGUUAUGAUGCUCAUAAUUGGUAAAACGUGCAUUUCACUAAUUUCAAUAGUUUAAAUGUUGUUUGCUUCCUUAAAGAGAUUAUGACUUGUAUUAUAAGGGACAUAUUAUCAUUGCCGCUAUUGGCAGUAAUAUUGGGCAGGAUCUAUAAAGGGAAACUUUCUCUUGUACACCAAUACCACCCCUCUAAUUUGUCUCAGUGGGGAUUGGAAGAGACCUGGGAGGGUGUUUCUACAAUAAACUAAGUCACAUGGAAUUUGCCCAGUGACUUGGACUCAGGUGGGCAUCACUCCUGCCAAGUGGUUUCGUGCUGGAUGCCAUCAGGUAGAGGCACUGAUGAUAAAACACACGCAAAAAAACUAACCAAGCUUCGUAGUGGAGACGUGUGUGGUUCUCAACUGGGGGGAGGCUGCUCAGUCUAUGGGCAAUUAUAUGACUCCUGGUCAUGGUCAGUAGACAGUCUGCUUAGACUAUUCUAAGCUGUAAGCAAAUAACAUCAUAAUGAAAUAGAGGUGCUCUAGAAGAUGGAAGGAAGUGCCAGCAUGGAAAUUGUGUCAUAGGCUGAAGAGCUAAAGAAGCCUAACCUUCCUGUUAUCCUCACCAAGGGCAUAACUUAAAUAGGACAUUAUAUAUUAUGAAGCAAUUUAUAUUGGACUUGAUGAUUGUGUAUCACAUCUUUAUAAUCCUUUAAGUCUGUAAAUAAAUGGUAUAAGGCAGGGGUUCCCAAUGCCUGGGCCAUGGACAAGUACCAGUCCAUGGCCUGUUAGGAACCAGGUCGCACAGCAGGAGGUGAGCAGCUAGCAAGCGAGCAAAGUUUCAUCUGUAUUUACAGCCACUCCCCAUCGCUCGUAUUACCACCUGAGCUCCGCCUCCUGUCAGAUCAGCGGUGGCAUUAGAUUCUCAUAGGAGCGCGAACCCUCUUGUGAACUGUGCAUGCGAGGGAUCUAGGUUGCACGCUCCUUGUGAGAAUCUAAAGCCUGAUGAUCUGAGGGGGAGCUGAGGUGGUGAUGCUAGUGCUGGGGAGCGGCUGAAAACACAGAUUAUCAUUAGCAGAGAGGUUUGACUGCACAGAGACCAUAAUAAAUCAAUUGCUUGCAGACAUAUCAAAACCCUAUCAGUGAGUGGCAAGAGAAAACAAGCUCAGGGCUCCCGCUGAUUCUGCUUUAUGGUGAGUUGUAUAAUUAUUUCAUUAUGUAUUACAAUGUAAUAAUAAUAGAAAUAAAGUGCACAAUAAAUGUAAUGCGUUUGAAUCAUCCCGAAACCUUCCCCCCUCCCCUAGUCCAUGGAAAAAUUGUCUUCCAUGAAACCUGUCCCUGAUGCCAAAAAGGUUGGGGACUGCUGGUAUAAGGUAUGCAAGAUAAUGUUCCAAAAGAUCUCAUGGGACUUAUUUAAUUUUAUGCUUGCUUAUAGUACUAAAAUUAAAUGAUUUUAAUUCUUUGCAAUCAUAUAUGAAAGCCUACUGAUUUUUAUUAAAAACUAUGGAUUCUGUAAAUAUAUCUGUGUAUAUAUAUUUUAACUGUAAAUAACCAUACAAUUUUUUAAAAUAACUAUACUACUUUGUGUUUUUUUCCUCCCAAUAGUUAAAAGUCUAUAGGGACUUCUGAAUUUCCCUAAAAAUAUUGAGAACUUUUUUUGAGAAUUAUUUUAAUAUUGGAAAAAAAACACAUUUUCUUAUACCUUUCUAUUUGCUUUUUGUUUCUUUGUUUUAUAAAUCCCUAGUGAAAUAGGUUUUAAAAGUUAUAGAAACAUUAUACAAAACUCUAUUUUGUUUUCCUUAAAUUGCUUACUUAUUUAUAUAAGGUGUUUCCCAAUUGGAUUACAUUAUAGGAGCUUGAAAUUCUUUAGUUGCUCAAAAUAUGAUUUACUGUUUAAAGAAGAAAAGCACAUAUUUUAACAUCUGCCUUUUUUCCUGUUCUUUGCAGAGUUUUAUUAUGCUGAAUUUCCCAUAAUCAGAUAGGGCCUUGUGCUGUUCAGCUGUAUUUCUGGACUUGAACUGAACAUCCGAAGACUCUAGAUAACACCCCCAAAAGAGGAGGAGCAUGAUGGAGGAGAGUGGAGGAGAAAAAGAAGAGAACAAGGCAGGAGAAGGAAAAGUGAGGUAAAAGGAGCAAAGGAUGCUGAUUCUGCCAAACUUGUCUGAAAUAUGCUGGGCAUGUACUCUCAGCAAAAAGUGGGUACCACUGUAAAAAUAACAGUUCUCCUGUUACAAGGAAUUGAUGUUUUCCUUCAGGCUGCAUCAUUCCUCCCACAGUUUUGGGAAGGAUUUUUCCUGAGUAGUGGUCCAAUCAGUGACCUAACUCUGAUGUUGAGGUUGGGGAUGGAACAGCUCACGUAAUAUGAGGGAAGUCCAUCUAACAACUAGAAUCCAGGAUGUCCUGGGACCUUGAAUCCUUCAGAGGGCACUUGUGGGAACCCUAGAUCAGGCAAUUCAGAGGCACUUACUGGUCUUAGACUAUGCUGUGUCUGUUAAUUCUGUUUUAUCAACACAAGUGCUGGUUUUGAAGGCAUUGGAGCUAUAAUAAUGACAAAUAGGCAAAAUGUAAAUCAAUUGCUUUUGAUAGCAUAGUUUGAUUGACCGGAUGCCAAAGUCACAAAUUUGAAAAUUUCUUAACCUAAAAUGAACUAGCCUUGAAAAGUUUUGGAAAUGUAUAAUGGAUACUUUCAAGUUUAUGAUAAUCUACUCACAUACAUAUUCAACAUUUGGAAAUAGAUGUCACAGGUAACAGAGGACGCCAAAUUAUCUAACUAUUGUUUUAAUUUCACAGAUUGGAUCUUAGGACCAAGGGUGUAGAUGCUCUUUCCAAUUGGCCUCACUUGAGAGGCACCAAAUCUGUUUCUAUGGAAUGGAGUUAGGGCAAAAUGAGAGACAAUCAAGACUCCAGGGCUGUAUCUGCAGUAGUGCUUAUGAUCACCAUUGAUGAUGUGGCUUGAAGUGAAUAUGCUCAGUUAGUGGUAGAAGAGGAGAAAAGGUAGAGUCAGCUCAACCUGUGUUGAGGGACAAGGAACAGAAGGAAGAUCAGUGCCUCUCAGGGAGGGACAGAGGACAGCCUUUUGUCUUUUUUCACAUUCACAAAUACAUGAUGCCAUAUCUAGAAUACUUUCUUUUAUCUAUGUGUCUAUCCUACAAAUAUGAAAUCUUCGUAAUCACCUUACUCCCCCCAACAACAGUUUAAAUUUUCAUUGGGAUUACAUUGAAUCCAUUAAAAAAUAUUUCUAUCAGCUCUGCUUUGAAAUCUCUGUAUUUACAUCCAUUUUGAAACUUUUUUACUGAGCAAAGAAAUUUGAGUUGUUUUUUUAUUCAGUACUUUAGAAAUGUUUUUCCACUUUCCCUAACUUGCACAGUUUCCAGAAAGAAGUUGUUCACCUUCUUACUCUUGUUUUUCUGUAUGUAGUGUCUGUUUUUCUUGUAGCCUUCAAGAUCUUUUAUGUUUAGAUUUCAUUAUUUUGCCUAUGGUGUGUUUAGGUGUGUUUUUCUUUGUAUUUAUCCUACUUGGGUUUCUCUGAACUUCUGAAUCUGUAGUGUGCUUCCAGUAAUUUUAGAAAGUUCCCUUUCCUUUCCAUUUUCUAAUAUUACAAUUACAUGUAUAUUGUUUUGAUAUUGUUUUGUGAGAUGUGCUGAACUACUGGUUGCUCAGUUAUUUCUUUCACUCCUUGAAUAUCUUCAUGGUUCAGUUUGGUUAAUUUCUAUUGACCUAUCUAAAGUUCUCUGAUUCUUUCCUCCACUGGGUACUCAUUCAGUCAUCCGUUAAACCCAUUAAAGGACUUCUUCAUUUUCACUUACAGCAUUUCCAUCUGACUCUACUAAUAGUUUCCACUUCUCCGCUGAAAACUCACAUCUGUUCACUGUGUUCAUCUUUCCACUAGAUCCUUUAACAUAAUAAUUAUAGUCAUUUUAAAAGCCCUGUCUGAUGGUUCCAAUACUUGGUCUAUCUCUGUUUCUGCUGCUUGUUUUAUUUCUUCACAAUGGAUACUUUUCACUUCAUUUUUUUCUGUGUCUCAUAAUUUUUUAUUGAAUGCUGGCCAUUGUGUAGAAAACAGUUGAGAUUGAAAUAAUGUUUAUGCUUAGAAAUGGGUACAUCUCCUUUCUGUUAAGAUGUUUGUGGUGACCAUUUAUUUAAUGUAGUUAUAAUUCAGUUGGAUAUGGGUUUUGUUUUUUCUACAGCUAACUUCAGUGUACCACAAGCCUCAAAUUUCUCCAAUGGAGUUCUAUAAUUACACUGUUCUUUAUAUAAAGCCUGGAGUGCCAGAAAGUUUGUCUCAGUAUUGCUGUUCCACUCCCAGUUUUAGCAGACCCUGAACACUGGUGUCACAUGGGUCUUUUAUUUCUUUAUGAUCUUAUUCCUAUCACAAUGAUGGGCUGCUAGUACCUGUAACUCAGUUCAAGGUUCCUGGUGAAAGCAUGGGUCAUCUCUGUUCUCCAGGUACUGCUGUGCAACCUCAAACCAUGAAAUGCCCAACCUGCCUGUCCCACCAAGGGGGCUCCCUCAUUUCUCCUGCCCUACAUUUAAUAUUUUUCUGUGAGCACCUGAUGGAGGCCAGCUUUUUAGUGUUUUACCAAACUUUGUGUAGCAGGAUAUUAAAUAAUGAGACUGUUCCUGUCUGAGUAUUUUCACUAGGUUCAGUAGCUGAGUACUCUAGGUUUCAAAUAAACCCCCACAAUUUCUAAAACAAGAUGCUAGACCAUCUUUUCAGGAAUUCAACUAACAGAAUAUGAAAAACUUUAUAUCAACUAAAUGGAGUCCCAUUAAAUGCUAUCAUUUUAAUAACCCAUUUUAACAAAUUGUCCUUUACAAUACUGUACUCUUAUAACUGAACUCUGAAUGUAAUUUUAAAAGGUAUUCUUCCUCAAAACAUUUACAAACCAUGGAAUCUGGAAGAAAUAAUCCAAAUUUACUUUUUCCUCCAUUAUCAAUUAACAAAAAACCUUGUUUACAGUCAAAAAGAACUAACUAGACUUAGAUUAUUCUUCUCUAGAAACCCGUCUUUAUAGCAUCAUAAACAAUAUUAAAAAUAAAACCAAAAACACAAGAGAUAA